CUUCUUUCAUUCAUUCAUCCCCUUUUUUUAGGAUGACAGUAAUAGAUAUACACAAUACAUUGGGUAUAUCCCUAUACCCCAUGUUUCUUGAAAAAGUAUAGUUUCAAGUCAUGACAUCAUGACCUCCAUCCAUGGAACAAGUGACACUUGACAAUGCAUUGUCAAUACAACAAAAAUACAACAAACUAGAUAUCUACAUCUACAUCUACACAAUGAGGAAAUUCUCGUCUAUAACCCCCCGGUCGAUGCUAGCCAUCACGCACACAGAAACGUAUCUAGCCCGACAAGCCCUGCACCCAGAGCACAGCGAGAACUCCCAGUCCGGGACAGACGACGAGGUAGCGCAUCAUCUCUCAUCGUACGACCCGUCGACGACCGCACCGGAGCGCGAAGUCCAAGCCAUGGAAGACGAGUGUCGCGCCGAGAACGCGACCACGCUGUGUAGUCCGCUGGCUGUCAGUCCUGGCAACCGCGAGGUCAGCCAGACGCUGGAUGUGAUGGUUGGCGGGGCGGUGCAGGGGGCUGCGAAGCUGGGGCCGAGUGCGCGCGGGUGGACGAGGAAGCAUAAGGAGGUGCAGAUCCGGGCGAGCAAGGGAAGCUGGUUUGAGCGGUAUGAGAAGUAUGUGUGUGGGAGAGAAGAGAAAACUUGAUGUGGUGUUCGGAUGGGUUUUCAGAUGGGGUUUCAGAUGGGUGUUCGGAUGGGUGUUCGGAUGGGUUUUGGAUGGGUGUUCAGAUGGGAUGGGAAGGCAAAUCGAUAUUCGUUCUUGAAUGGACUUGAUAUAGUUUUAUGCCGAGUACUGUAGGGAAACAAGAGUCGACUCAUGGUUGACUCGCUUAGCAUUCACCUCGUUCCUAGUGUUGAACCUGUAAGGAUCUGUCGACCUCGAGACCACAUCACAUCAUUCUGAUGAGCACAUCGAACGGUUUGUAUGACAAUAAUGAAUUGAAAAGUCAUCCGACUGAUAAGCAUGGUCAAUUGGUUUCAAGAAACCCAUAUUUC